GCGGAGGAGGAGAGCCCACUGCUCCAGGAAGUGCACAGUCUCUGCGCUGCCGCGAGGCAAGCGCCGGCAGCACCGCCGCCGCUGGCAGCCACGGCUGCUGCCAAGGCCGAGGACCCAGAGCGUCAUCUCGCCAGACGUCGAGCGCAGGCUCUUGCCUCGCGGCCGUCGGGUCAGGGGCGCCGGGUGCCAACGAGCCGUGCCGUCUCGGAGACCGCUUCAGAGGCAGGUGAGUCAGAUGCGACGAGCCUGGUGUGUGUCGCAGAGGCGAAGGACUACAACGCCUUGGCCCGCACUGCGCAGCACGUCGGCUUGCAACGAUUGACUUCGGCUUCGACGAAGCUGCCGGCGAAGAAGGUGGCCGGCUGGCCGGACAUGUCCCUGGCAGAGACAUCGGUGGGACCCGAGAUGUCGCAGGAGCUCUCAACUGACGAGUUCUCUCAGGAGAUGACCUCCAUCGGCUUGCAGGAUCCGACCCAGGAGUUCUCCGUGCUGACGGUGGGGAGCAGCGGUUU